CAGCUUAUGUCAUAAUUUACUGAAGUGACUUGCUGUUUGCUGUAAUACUCAGAUGGACUUCAAGUAUGAAAAUCCACACUACAUGACAAUACAGGUGACAUGCUGAAUUCUCUGGGCAGCAUGACGAAGCCCAGUCCUCACCAUGUGUGGCAGUCACUUUAACUACUCUGCACCCAUCAUGAAUGGAAAUGAAGAAACGUCUCCCUCCCUGACCCUCGAGCAGAAGACCGCUUUCGCCUUCGUAGGGAUGCUGUGUAUUUUCUUGGGACUUCUGAUCAUCAGGUGCUUUCGAAUCUUGCUUGAUCCCUACAGCAGCAUGCCCUCAUCGACCUGGGCAGAUGGAGUUGAGGGACUUGAAAAAGGAACCUUUGAGUACGCGCUCGCGUGACCCUACUCGUAAAUGAAGGAUUACAGUUCCAUCACGUCGAGGGCUUGCUUCAUAAUUGCCUCCCAGUGCGUUGUCCCGGCAGUGCACACCGUGGGACGCAACACUUUAAGAGUGACCUUUGGAGACUUGAGAUGGAUGGGAGGGACUGUGGCCUUGGACCUUUAAAAAAAAAAAGUCUGCAUGAGCACUAACACAAUAAUCAAAAUUAUAUUCCAGCAGAUUGACGCCUGAGGACCAAAGGCUUUGCUUUCUAAGAGGCACGACAUACUGUAGGUGGGAUGGGGAAUUAGAUGGUGUGAAGGUGGAGUCACAAGUGACGCAGGUGACUUGACUUGGACUCUGAUUUAGGGCUGGUGAUUUCAGGACCAAAUAAUA